UCUGAUCACUGCGUAGUCGGUGCUUCAGACACUUAUUUGAUGUUUGAGUUCACAAUACACAUCACCAACCGGUGAAAGCAUUCCAAACCUUUGUAACCUCAUUUCGUGAAGCGCCGGUAACACGCAUUUAAGGUACAGAACCCUACGCCGAUUGCUCAGCACGCAUUAGCGACUCCCACGCCACCAUCCAUGCUGCGCUGGUGGUUGCAGCGCUCCGGGUAAGGAGCGGGCUCCUGACGGUGUCUUCCGGUUGUGAGCCGGUCUCCGCCGCCCGGGCCGCCGCUGUGAGCGGCGGUGAAGCCUCUGGCUUCCGUGCUGGCCCCGGGAGGAAGCGGCGCCCCGGCCGCUCACCAUCGAUCAAACACGCGGCGAAGGCGCCCGCGGGGGCCCGGCGGCCUCGUUCCGAGGCUCUCCAGUCGAUGGUUGCGACCUUUGUACACGCAACUGGAACAUUGUUAGAUCGAUAUGCGGCGCGCAGGCCGGUGGCUCGAGUCAGCCGGAAGCGAGCGGCCGCCGCGGACGGGUCAUGGUGACAGUGCUGGACGGCAUGAGGAGGACGCCAGGCAGGCGCGGACGUAGCGCCGGCGGCCGAACCAUCGCCUUGGUGGGGACCGUCGACGCGCAGGGAACGCCAGCUGACAGCGUGCCUCCCAAAGACGACACCACUGAUGCGGUGGCUGAGAAAAAACCGCGGGUCAAGGUCUCAUUUGACGGCCAGGGCCUGUUCAGCUGGCCGGAGACUGUGGAUCAGACGGCCAACCUGCUGACGCUGCAGCACAACUUCCUGUCGCGCCUGCCGGACGGCCUCUACCUGCCGGCAGUGGUGCUGCUUGACCUGUAUGAUAACCAGCUGGAGCGAAUGGGCGGCCUGCGACACCUGGAGACGCUGCGCGUUCUCGUCCUCGCCAGGAACAGGUUGCGCAAGAUUGAGGGUCUCGAGCACCUCGUGCACCUGGAGAUCUUGGACCUACACAGCAACCACAUCAGCCGGCUCUCGGGUCUGGAGACACUGGCGCGCCUGCGCGUGCUCAACGUCUCCAACAACGGCGUGCGCACCGUCUCAAGCCUGCACUGCCUCUCCAGCCUGCAGCACCUGAACCUGCGUGGCAACGCGCUGCGCCGGCUGGCCGGUCUCGAGGGUCUGCCGCGUCUCAUCAAGCUGAACCUCGCGCACAACGACAUCCGCAGACCGGAGGACAUUGAAUGUCUGAUCAACUGCAAACAACUCGAGGAGCUAUCCCUGAACGGCACUGCAGUCGCGGCUCACCCCGGCUAUCACCCGUUCCUGUAUAAGCUCAAAGCGCUGAAGAUCCUGGACGGCAUGCAUGUGGAGCGGGGUUUGGAGGAGCCGCCUCCUUACGGCGCGGUGCCCGGGCCGCCGCCGGCGCCGGCGCCGCCAGUCCUGCAGCGCAGCCGGACGGAGUCGUCCCUGCGCGGCAGCGGCGGCGGCUCGGUCAGCGAGGAGGCACUGGUGGCGCCCGGCUGCGGCUGCGGCACGAGUGUCAAGGUGGUGCGCCCCAUCACCAGCCGCUACGAGCCGCAGGAGGCGCUGCGCGGGACCGACGCGCUGCUCGAGAUCAGGGACGCCGCUCUGGCCGUCUCUGGGGAGCGGGCGCUCAGAAUGCUGACCACGUGGGACCCGAAGGAGGGACCUCAGGUGCGCUCCAUCGUCUUCAACCGGCUGCCGUUCGACCAGCUGGCGCCGCUCUUCCCCGUGCUGCACGAGCGCUUCCCGAACGCUGUCACCUUCCGGUUCGGCGCUGUGCGGUUGGGCACGCUCGCGCAGCUGAACGCGCUGGCAAUGCUGCGCGAGCUGCAUCAGCUGACCGUGGAGCCGGCGGGCAACGCGGUGACGCAGCAGCCGCUGUGGCGCGCGUAUGCCGUGUACCGGCUGCACCACUGGGGCCUGCGCCGGCUGAACGACGCGGAUGUGACGGCCGAGCAGACGGCGGCGGCCGACGCGGCGUUCGGCCCGCUCGGCCGGCUCGCCUUCUGCUGCCUGCCCGAGGCCCGCCUGGUGCAGACGGCUGAGCAGCUCUGGUUCAGCGACGUCAGGAGCAAACACGCAGAGGCCAAGCCGACACUGCAGCAGGUGCAGAGGCGGCUGGCCGACCCUCGGCUGCAGGGCAUCAUGGAGCGAGAGGCGCUCUUCUUCUGCCCGCGCCAGCAGCAGCUCUCGUUUUCGACGUUGGAGGAAUCACUGAAGUCGGCUCAGCGGUCCAUACGGGCCCUCCGGCAAUACCGGGGCGUGCUACCCUCCCUGCUGCGGGAGUUCAGUGCCACGGCCGUCCACCAGAGGCGCGGUGGUACGGCCGCCAGCAGCCACGAGGCCCGCUCGCUCCUAGAGGAGAUCGGCCGCCGGGACGACUUGUUCUCGUGACUCCAAUGGGGACCGGAACAAGGCGAGGUGACAGCACCGACCCGAACUGGCGAGGCGUGGGUGUGGCUUCCGGUAACCACCAGCACACGGGCUGUUGCCCGCCUACAGGCCCAACCCGAAUCAAAGCGACGUGCAUUGCCGCGCGCGCCUAAAACCGUCAUUGUGAUGGUGCUUCGCCUGCCGCGCGUACCGCGACCGGUCCCCAGCGUCGGGGACGCGGUGCCCACCAUCCCGCUCCGGCACGCAUCACGUGACCCCAGCUCGGCCAGCAGCGCCACAUCACGUGACUGGCGCUAACAGCGCC